GCUGCGCCAUGGCGUCCCUCGUCCGCCCCGCCGUGCUGCUGCUCGUGCUCGCCGCGCUCUGCGAGGCACGCCGUGGCGGCAGGCGCAGGCUUGGCGAGAACAACGGCAUGGGCAUGGAAGGCAAGGGCAUGGAUUUCGACCUGGAGGCUGUCGGCUGCGUCCCUGACGACUUCAACGCGUUCGACAUGAGCGCCUGCAACGCGACAUCGCAGGCUGCCGGCACCGGCAUGAAGGGUCUGCUGCAGUGUUUGGCUGAGAGCCUUAACCUUGUGGACGACCAGGGCCUGAGCGACAGCGGCCGGGACGAGCUGCUGGACUCGCUCUCGGACGACGAGCAGUGGCAGGAGGAACAGCGCCAGCAUCUAGAGCUAUGCGAGGAGAUGAUGAGCGCCAACCUAACAGUGGAGCAGCAGGGCGUCUACAUCAUGGCCUGCUGGUACAGCCUCAGCACCUUCGAGUGCAAGCGGUCGAAGAUGGAGGAGCUCGGUGCGUCCGUGGAUGCCGAGAACGGCGGCGAUGUGGGCCAGGCGCUCGUCUUCAUGGCCGAGGGCCGCUGCCUCAAAGGCCUGAUGAGUAGAGACAGCAAGGAAGCGUUCAAAACCUGCAAGGGUGAGGUUGGUCUGGACUUUGGCGUACUUAAAGACGGUUUCGAGUACGCUGCCAGCUACCUGUCGGCCAUCCAGAGCGGCGACAACAACGUGGGGCCACCAUCCGCCGACAGCGUGGACGCCGUUAACAACCAGUUGGAGCUGAUGACGCAAGCAAUCAACUGCACCAUGCAGGCACUCGGCGAAGCUGACGGCAACGAGGUGAACUUUGACACGAUGCGCGCCAACCUGGAUGCCAUAGAAGCGCCAGAGUGGAUGAAGCGGACGGGCCAGGCCAUCCUAGACGAGUGCGCCGGCCAGGAGGACACCAGCGUGACCGGCGUCCUCACUUGCUGGCACAUGUCCGCCGCCUACGCUUGCAGCUCGGUCAAGGCGCACGGACUGGCCCUCAUGGAGCCCGGCCAGCGGCCCGGCCGCGGCGGUGGACGCAGGCGGGGCGGCCGACGCGGCGGACGCGGACGCGGCGGCGGACGCAACGGACGCAGACGCGGCGGAAAUGGUGGCGGCCGGAACAACCGCCGCCGCAACAGGAAUCAAGGUUAGACACCGGCUCUGGCAUCCCGUGCCACGCCACGCCAUCCGCCAACUACCGUGGAUGCAGCAGUCCGACCGACCGACCGACAACUACCGACCAAAGCCCCUGCGUGCACCAUUGUUGCUGUCCUCGCGCCUCCGCGCGCUCACUGAUUGCGGCAUUACGACUGGAUGAUGCACUAUAGCUUAUGACGUGAUCAAUGUACUAUUCUAUCAAACAAAGACGGCUGCACCCAUGCUUCGACUGCUCUCCGGAAUCACAUUUAAUAAAAUUGCAUCGUAUCAACUACC